CGAGCUGCCGGGCACGCAUCCAUCCUCGGCCCAAAGCAGUCACAGCCAAUCACGUCCGCUCUGGUGGUAACUCCAGUCUCCGCGUUUCCUGUGCUUGCUUGACAUCUUGAAGCAUAGCGGAAGUUGGACUCUUAGCAGGCAUACCGACGACUCUCCACUCGACCUCACACACACAAACAAUGGCCACCUCAUUCCGCCCCGCUCUGCUGUCGCGCCAGCUCCUGGCCCAGCGCACUCCCAUGGCCCUGCGCUCCUUCCACGCCUCGCCCACCCGCGCCAUUCUCCCUCCAUUGCCCCAGGUCAUCAAGGGCAGCGUCAACGACGCCGCCACUGUUCCCGAUGCAUCCUACGCCCACGGCAGCUACCACUGGAGCUUCGAGCGCCUCAUCUCGGCUGGCCUCAUCCCUCUGACCAUUGCUCCCUUUGCUGCCGGCUCGCUCAACCCCGUCAUGGACGGUCUCUUCAUCUCCACCAUCCUCAUCCACUCGCACAUUGGUUUCCAGUCAUGCAUCAUCGACUACUUCCCCACCAAGCGUGUCCCCAAGACCCGCAAGUUCUCCAUGUGGGCUCUCAACCUCGCCACCAUCCUUGCCGGCAUUGGCUUCUACGAGUUCGAGACAAACGAUGUCGGUCUUACCGAGGCUGUCAAGAGAGUCUGGCAGGCCAAGAAGGCUGACCUCUAAGCUAAAAAUACCCUUUUUGAAUCCUUUUCUUUUCGCUGAAAUAGCACCUUGGGCUCCUGGACUUGUGUAAAUAACACCCUUUUUUUUCUGUUCUUCUCGUCUAGACUUGUUCUACUUCCAUGCUUCAUCUUGUGUCUUGCACGUGCGACCUCCUACAACCACCUCUCGAAUAGAAAGAGACCUUGCCUUUGUAGAAUUGCUAUACACAGCCAAUGGAGUGGCAUAUAAAGCUACAUCAUGUCUCAUGUAACCUCAAUAUGGUAUAUCUCUCUCAUGCAGAUGACAAUUGUUUCUCAGUCCUUAUGAAAAAUGCACAGUCGUGUUUUGAG